AUGAAGAGAACCAAGGUCGUCGUUGUGGUUCACAAGUCGGCCGCUGCCGAAAUGUGGACAGACAUAGGCAUUCUCGGGUGUGAUGUUGCUGGGGUUUUGGGACUUCUUCUGAAGCAAAAGCUUACAGCUGUUAUACGAAUGUUGGCGUAUGGAGCAUCUGCUGAUCAGGUGGAUGAGAUUGCCCGGAUGGGGAAGUCCACUACGUUGGAGGCUUUGGUAAGAUUUUUUGAUGCAAUUGAAACUCUAUACACUAGGGACUACCUGCGUAGACCUACUCCCAAGGACCUCCAACGGCUUCUACAAAAAGCCGAAGCUCAAGGAUUUCUAGGAAUGAUUGGUAGCGUCGACUGCAUGCACUGA